AUGCCCAGCACUUCUGCUGAUGAUGAAACUUGUCAUGCCCAUAUUACCAGCACUUCUGUUGCUGAUGAAACUUAUCAUGCCCAUAUUCCCAGCACUUCUGCUGAUGAUGAAACUUGUCAUGCCCAUAUUCCCAGCACUUCUGCUGAUGAUGAAACUUGUCAUGCCCAUGUGACCAGCACUUCUGCUGAUGAUGAAAUUUGUCAUGCCCAUAUGCCCAGCACUUCUGCUGAUGAUGAAACUUGUCAUGCCCAUAUGCCCAGCACUUCUGCUGAUGAUGAAACUUGUCAUGCCCAUAUGCCCAGCACUUCUGCUGAUGAUGAAACUUGUCAUGCCCAUAUGCCCAGCACUUCUGCUGAUGAUGAAACUUGUCAUGCCCAUAUGCCCAGCACUUCUGAUGAUGAUGAAACUUGUCAUGCCCAUAUGCCCAGCACUUCUGCUGAUGAUGAAACUUGUCAUGCCCAUAUUCCCAGCCCUUCUGUUGCUGAUGAAACUUGUCAUGCCCAUAUUCCCAGCACUUCUGCUGAUGAUGACAUUCAUCAUGGCAGCGAGCCUGACCUCCCGCAGCAUGGGCUGUUGAAUGUCAAUUCUAACUCGGAAAUCACAGUGGUUACAGCUUAUUUCAACAUUGGUUCCUUCGCCAAAGGAAGUAGUGCUAACAUGUUUACGCCGGGCAAAUAUAUGCAUUGGAUGAAAGUAUUUGGCAACAUAAACAACAACCUUGUCGCAUAUACCGAUUCGAAGGAUGUGUACGAUCUCUUCAUGAACCUGAGACGCAGGUUUCCCAGCAAUAUGACGAUAGACAGACACAACCUAUGGUUCUUCACUUUGGCUAAAGAGAUCCGUAGUAUCUACAAGCAGCCGAACUAUCCAAGGCAUCAACCGAACACCGUCAACGAGAACUACUCAUGUGCAAUGCAUGCUAAGUUUGAAUUGGUCAACAAAGUCUUAGCGGAGAAGCUGUUUCCAACAAAAUAUUUCUGCUGGCUAGAUAUUGGACUUUUCCGGGCUCUUGCUGAUGACAAGAAGACCUUCAAGCUCCAGAUUCCCAAAGAAUGGGAUCAACGGAAAGUAGCCUAUAGUGCAGUAUCCCGUUUUAACAAACAGACGACAAUCGUAGAUGUUAUUAAAAACAAUAUGGUGUGGGUUGGAGGCGCAACGUUUUUAGGAACACCCGAAGUGCUUCUUAACUACACGGAAGACUACAUGAAUAUGGUCAAGAUGCUGUUAAAUCAACGCUUGAUGAAUACGGAUCAGCAGGUUAUAUAUUCCAUGUUCCUACCAUCCUCACAGGUUAAACCCAGAGUUCAGAUACAACUAUUCUCCCGCGAGCACAAUCCUUAUGACUAUUGGUUCUACCUUGGGUACCUGUGCAGGGAGACAUGGUUACAAACCCAAACUCCUGUGAAUAAAACAGCCUAA